GUCCGUUUAUCACCGUCUCCCCCAACACUUUCUCUCACUCUAUUACUUGCUUGCCAAUAGAAAGUACUAAACUUUCAGAGAAGCUUAUUCUCCCCCUUCUUGCAAGUUGCAACUGCAAGGUUUAUCCAUACCAUGAAAAGGGCAAUGCCAUGGAGCAAUCAGGUGGAUAUACUAUCGUCUGAUGAUUCUUCCUCUUCUGAUUCUGAUCUAGAAGCUGAUAAUGGACCAGGUAAAACAAAACCAACCGUUGUUCUACCAGUCAAGGAAACUAAAUCUGGAGGUGCUAUGAUCAGACGAGCAGAAAUGUAUCAAGAAUACAUGAAGCAGAUACCUGUUCCUUCUCACCGUGCAUCAGUUAUUCCAUUCACCUCAUGGCAGGGCCUGGGCAAAUCCAUCAAACAGUUAUAUGGGCAGCCUCUACAUUAUCUGACCAAUAUUCUCCUAAAACAGUGGGACCAAUCAAGGAUUGGUGCUGAAGAUGAGCAUUGCCGACUGGAUACCAUAAUCCAUCCUUGUAAAGCUGAAGCCACCAUCUGGCUCAUGGAAGAAAUUCAUAGGCUUACCUCUUCUCAUCAUCACAUAGCUAAACUCUGGCUUUUGGAUCCCAUGCACCAUGCUUUUGUUGAUCCCAUUUUCCCACAAAUAUAAUCCCAUUGUACAAAACCAUUGUUUCUGAACUCGAGCUUAAUCCGCAUGGGCAUUCAGUAACAUUUCUAGACAUUGCUGUAGAUCUAACAUAAUGUGAAUUCAAGAAGAAAUGAUGUUUCCUAUUGUUACUUUUUUAUGUUCUGUUUUUCAGGUUGUUACACCACUUUUUUGAA